CAGUAGGUUGUGGUGGUCAAGAGCCAGAUGAGUUGGGUAAUGUCCUAAAUUUAGGAGUGGACAGUUUACGCGGACGCAAGGCCACGACAAGAGGUUCAGGCAGAAUGGAGGACCAGUUAAUUGAGGACAAAUCCUCAUUUUAUGUGAAGGCUGAGGAAUAUUGGAAAGAAAUCCCACCCACGGUGGACGGCAUGCUGGGAGGUUACGGCAGCAUUUCCAGCAUCGACAUCAGCGGUUCCAAAAAGUUCCUGCAGAAAUUCCUCGGGGAGGGUAACGGUAAGACCAGACCCGGCUGUGCACUGGAUUGCGGGGCAGGAAUAGGCCGCAUCACCAAGCGUCUGCUGCUGCCGCUCUUUCGCACCGUGGACUUGGUGGAUGUGACUCAGAGCUUUUUGGACCAAGCACGAACGUAUCUGGGUGAAGACGGGAAAAAAGUCGAGAACUACUUCUGCUCCGGCCUGCAGGACUUUCAGCCCCAGCCUAACCGCUACGACAUCAUCUGGAUCCAGUGGGUCAUCGGUCACCUGACUGACGAUCACCUGGUGGACUUCCUGAGGCGCUGCCGUGGUGCCCUGCGCCCCGACGGCCUGGUCGUAAUAAAGGAUAACGUAGCCUACGAGGGCGUCGUCCCCGAUGAGGUGGACAGCAGCGUGUGCAGAGAUCUGUCCUGUCUGCGCAGCAUAGUGGCCAGAGCUGGACUCUCAGUCAUCCAUGAUGAACAGCAGCAGAACUUUCCAGAGGAGAUCUACCAGGUUCACACACUCGCUCUUAGAUAGGAAUUACACGUGCAGAUAAAGGAGGUGGUGUUUUAAUAAUGAGAUACUGUACAGUUUGUACAUUGCAACAUGUGCAUGUGUGAGUUUUAGGUCUGAUAUUCAGGCAGCGUGCUGGACAACUGCAAUCAGGGAUCAAACAUUAGAGGUUAUAACAGUUGGUCAUGGUUCCCUAUAGAGAUUUAUAACAAUUAUGGCUUGUAGGUUUAUGUUAAUGAAAACAGGUGUUUGAACCACCAUGGGAAGAAAGUUGAUCCAACCUGAAUUUCAACUCUUCAUGAUUUUUGUGGGACUGAUGUGUCUGGUUUGUGUAUAAAUUAAGAAUUAUUAAUGUAUGCAUGGAUUAUGUUUUAUGAAUGGGUGUGCGUUUAUGAAAUAAAUAGCUUUAUAUAAAUACAUCAUGUGGUGUUGAGCUUUGAAAUGCUUGUUUACAGCAUAUAAUACAAUAUAUUUUAGUAAAAAUUUAAAUUUUUGCAUGUUCUUCUCACCCCAAAUAUAGUUUAUCCAAGAACGUUUGGUGUCUUAAUUUAGAUCGUAAUAGUACCAAGGUUGUGCCAUAUGCAGA